GCUUGCGCAUGCGCCCCAGGGUUUGCAGCAUUGGAAGCUGACGGGCUCUGUCGUUAGCGACCAGCGGCGAUGGAGACGGCGAAGAAGCCGUCGAAGCGGUCGGGGUCUCCUCCCAGCGCUUGAGUUGGGGCCUCACCGGGCAGCCAUGGGGCUGAGUUCCAGCUCCGAGGUUCCCGAUGGGGGCUCCGUGGGCUACCAUGUGCACGGGGCAGCGGACAUAUCCAACAAGGCUUCCUCCUCUUUAUUUUACCCCACAACAACAAACAACAACCCUGUGAGAUUCAGGAAAAUUCCCCUGCUCAGCUGGCUGGAUUAGAGCCAUUCUUUGAUUUCAUACUUACCAUAGGACAUACCAGACUGAUUAGAAGCUGCUUGACAAAGGCACACAGAGACGAGAAAGAAGUCUAGCUGAAUAAAGAAGGCGACACCCUGAAAGAUCUACUAAAAGCCAACGUUGAGAAAGCUGUGAAACUGGAAGUCUACAACAUAAAAACGAUGAAAGUGCGGGAGGUGGAGAUCAUCCCCAGCAACAUGUGGGGAGGGCAGGGACUGCUAGGCGCCAGUGUGCGGUUCUGCAGUUUCCAAGGCGCCAAUGAACACGUCUGGCAUGUGCUGGAUGUGGAGCCAGCUUCUCCGGCAGCCUUAGCCGGCCUGAAGCCCCAUUCUGAUUAUAUAAUUGGAUCGGAUCAGAUACUCCACGAGUCUGAAGAUUUCUUCUCCUUGAUUGAUUCCCAUGAGGGAAAGCCUCUGAAGCUGGUGGUCUACAACACGGAAACGGAUUCCUGCCGAGAGGUUUUUGUAACGCCCAACGGAGCCUGGGGUGGCGAAGGAAGCUUAGGAUGUGGCAUUGGAUAUGGCUACCUGCACCGAAUUCCCACACAGGCUGCUGCCCCAAAGAGAGCGGCUGAGGUCUCUUCUUUUUUGCCCUCUGGAGACUCACUGAUCGAAUCCCCAGCUAAUGGCUACAUGGAGGCUUCCUUGAUGGCACCUCACUCCAAAACCGAAGAAACCGAGAGUUUGGGCCACAUCUCCAAUCAAAGCGUGACUGCCUAUUCCUUAGAAAAUUCCCUGCACCUUCCUCCUGCUCCUCCUCCUCCUCCUGUCCAGAGAGUCAUGGAUCCAGAUUUUAUAGAUAUGUCUGGAGCUUCUUUUCCUGAAUUAAUUGACUUAGUAAAAACAGCCCACGUGCCUUCCUCCCCUUCUGCCACCUUAUCAGAGGUCCUGGAAGCUUCUGGAAGCUUAUCCACACAUAGUGAAACUCCUUCAUAUUUUGACCGGGCCUCUCUUCCGUUCUCAGAAGAAUCGGUAUCUCUUCAAGCAGACGGGAGCUCUCACCCCGAAUUCCUCGAGGGAAGCCCUUCCGUGUCUCCUCCACCAGCCCUUCCUAUGGACGUGUCACCUGGACUGGAUGCCGAUGCUCAGGAAACUGUCCGACACCUAAGUGGGGUUGAGAACCCCAAAACAGACGGCAGUGACAAAAGUACCCAGGAAUUGAUUGAUGAAACCAAAGAGGCCUAGCUUUUCAGAGGACAUGUUUCACCUUUGGGGCUUUGAAGCCACUGGCACCAGAAAAGUGCUGGUUUUAUGCGCUGCAGAAACCUUUGAUUUGGUUUCUGGAUCGCGGUAGAAUUCACCUUCCUUCGAUCACACUAUUGACUUUGGAGCCUGUACACCCAUGUUAGUUCUGCUUAGUGGUAACACUAAUGAUCGGGAGUUUAGAAACGUAAUUCUUUUUUUUUUUCUUUUUAAAAGAGCUUGUCUCUAGCUGCUCAGACAUUUUAAAAAAGGAAGGGCUCUUUGAGCAAUACCAGCUGCACCAGAUAAGUAGGAAUUGGUGUUGGCUUUUCAGACUGUUUUUUGAGUUUUUAAAUCUUAAAAAAGGGGGGCCUUAAGCUCCUUUGGCUUAACGCACCUAUUUUGCUCUAUAUCUCCUUCCCAAAUUCCCUUCCCCUCCCCUCCAUUGCUAUAAAGGGCUGGAAGGGAACAGGAAGACGUCCUGGAAGCAUUUGUUCCCGAGCACAGCUGAUAAGAAAUGCAGGAAAACUUAUAGUUCAACUCCCAGAAUUCCUGAGCCAGGCGGCUCAGCAGUUUUGGGAGUUGAAGCCCACAUGUCGUAAAGUUGCCAUAGUUGCCCACUCCUGCCUUACGGUAAGACUCUUAGCCGAGGGCAGCUGAUAAGAAAUGCAGAAAAACUCCUUAUAGUAAGCGUGGACUUCCAACUCCCAGAAUUCUGGGAAUUGAAGGCCACCUGUUGUAUGGCUUCCUUAGUUGCUCAUCCCUGCCUUAAGGUAAGGCUUUUAAGCUGCAAACUUGUUACAUCGUUACCUCUGUCUCCUAUCCCAUUAAUUUGCCUUCAGGUGAUUUUAUUUGAAAAGUUUUAACUUAGAAUUUUAAUAGGAAGAAUACCUUGAUCUUUUACUCUAAAAUCCCACCUAACCCAUAACAAAAACCAACCUGUUUUAAUCUUCUUUGAGCCGUUUGAGCCUCUGAUCUGCCCUCAAAGCUUUCUGAAACAUGUGAGAAGAAUUAAGAUCCCAAUGCAAGAUCCCAAAGAGUUUCAGUAAGAGAGGUGUCCACAUAUAAAAAAAUGCAAUCUCAUUAUGGAAGUACAUUGGACUGGGAAUUUCCCCUAACCUCUGUUUUAUGUUUCACCCUAGAGAGUUAUAAUCAUUAUUCGUUGCUGCAGAAAGUUUAUAUACAACCCCACAAAAACUCUCUAGGAAUAGUAAUUGAAGAAUCAAAGGACAUUAGCAAUGUAGGGUUCUUAAUUUCUGUUCUAAAUUAAGAGCUGUUGCUUCAUGCUGUGACAGAGGCUUGGGUGAUUACUGUUACAAGCCACUGUUAUGUCUGGUGAGAGGUUAGUACAAUGGCACUAAAUAAUAUUUAAUUUGAGGUGCAUGCUACCAAGCAAACAACUGGCCAUCUUGUUAAUGCAGUGGUGCCUCUUAAAAGUGGAAGCAUUCUUUUCUGCUUAUAUGAAAAAAAAAAAAGAGCAAGAUUGCUUCUAAUGUGAAUAAUGGAGCAAAUUGGAGCAAACACUAAAUCAGGUGCUUCUCAACCUCAGACACUUUUAAGAAGUGUGGAUUUCUAUCUCCCCGUAUUCCCUAGCCAGCAGAGACCGGCUGGAGAAUUCUGGGAGUUGAUGUCCCCAUACCUUAAAAGUGGUCGAGGUUGAGAGGAUUGGGCUUUCAAAGAUCAUUUUUGGUCAGUUGUGUCUAAACUUUAUUUUUAAAGAUUGCAAAAGUUGCCCAUCUUUGUUUUUAAGAGAGAUUUAUUCUAAUUUGAAGCCAUUUUAUUGUUGUUUUUAGAAUUUCUUUAACUUGGUACGUUGUCAGCUACUAAAAGUCUUGCAAUGAUUUACAGUGGAAUGCGUAUUGUCUCAAAUAUCUUGUGAAACUAGUCCUAAGUUAAGACGUUUUGACAGUAGCAGGCCCAUAUAAAGGCAAGCUGAACAAAAUAAAAGUACAAUUUGCUUAAACUUGAGUUGUCCAAGAGGGACUCUGACAUACUAAAAUUCCUACCUCAAAGUCCCAUCAACUGAUCAAUAGCACAGACCGCUUGAAAAUAAAGUAUCUUAGACCAGCAUUAUCUCAAAGUCAGCAGCUUUAGGGUAUGCUCCUAGCACCUUGCCUGGGGAUUUUGGGGAGUUAAAAAAAUGUCGUCUUAAUCUAUGCAGAGAUUCUGGGAGCUGGUUCUUCAACUGUCCUGGCCUCCUGGCGUUUAUGGCUUUUUAAAUAAAGGAGCAAUUAUGCCCAGAAACCAACUGGCAGCCAUGUUCCAUGUCAAUAGGGCAAACACUGUUCAUGCUGUGAAGCCCAUGCCAGCAAACCAUCUUCAAGACAAGCCUCUUAGCUUCUUUUGUCUCAUAAGGCUGUUUUAGAAGCACCCUGCUCUCAAGAGUGCUCCAAACAUUUUCACAGGGUUCUGCCAGGCACAGGAAGAUGAGAUGUCAAGAAUCAGCAGCCAUUGACCUAUGCUCAUAUUGUACUUUGCACUACAUUUUAAUUGAAGAAAGCAGCACAGCCCUGUUUUGUAACGUGCCCUGAGGAGAGUUUUGUGAAAAUGUGGAAUGUUCUUUAAAAAGCAUCAGGUUAUAAACAUUUCCUAUACCCAGUUAUAUAGCAAGUUCAAAACAUUUUCAUACGGUAGAUCUUACACAUUCUGCUCUUUGGAGCAGUGAAACCAACACUUGUAAAAGGAAACACCCCAAACAGCUUAAAAUUUUAGCUAAAGAUUUUUUAUUAUUACUUCUAUACAAUUGUGAAGUACAUAUUUCUUUUGGCAUUAGCAGGCCAUCUGCUAAUCUUUCUGAAAUGGUUCCUUCUGGGUGUAGAAAUUGAAAUCUUGGCUGAUUUUUAAAUUAAAAUAGGAAAACAG